AUGCCCCAUCUAAAAGAAGGUACUUCGCUGUGGCGAGCUAUGAUGGAAGCCAGAGAGCGUCGCGAGAAACCAGCGCAUUCAACUCCGAAAUUGGUAGCAGAGAGGACUCCGGCUGAAGAAACAGUCGCUCUGCCCGAAACACAGGAUGCCAAUUUUUCAAAUACGUCUACAACCCACCUUCUGGGUAGUCUAGCAGAACACAAAAACCGCCAAAGUGGAACUUCUGCAUGGGUCCGCCGUACUACGCGCAAUGUGAACGAGGUUUCUACGGAUAAAGUUCUAACCGAAGAGGAACAGCUCGAAGCUGCUCUGGCUGGAUCUUUGGCACAAGGCUCCGUAAUGCUCGCCAAGAAAGGCCCAGUAAAGCAGACACGGAAGAGGCAGUCAAAGUCCAAGGACCUCCUGACUCCACAGAAAGAGCAAGAAGCAGCAUCUCAGGUUACUGGAGAACACAAUGCUCUGAAGCGACCACAGAUGAGAGUUCCAAGCAAAAGGACGUUGGUUGAACAGAAGAUAGAUAGCUUGGCGCAAUCACCGGAUAUUGACGAACCAAUAGAGGCUGAAGAUUUCGAGCAAGCCAAAGAACUCGAGCGUCAACGGCAACUCCUCUUUCUAGUCAUGCUCGAACGACAAGAAGGCUAUACACAUCCUGAUCACGGUAAGCAUGAAAGUGCCAUGCGAAGCACACUUGUUCACAAUGUCGAUAACGAUGACUUUACUGCUGCAUUCAUCCUUAGGGAGAUGGCAAACAGUGAUAUCACUGUUGAUCCUGCGAGUAAGGAUUUCGUUCAAAGGCUCAUGAAUUCACCCGCUCCCGGAAGGACUCUGGAGUCGACUAACUCGGCUAAGAAGGAAAAUCCGCGUGAGGGUACACCUCUUCGUCGGUCGAAACGAAACAAAACUGCCGCUGCUCCCGGAACUGGAAAAUCGCCCUCAAAGGCCAUCAAACCUGAGCAACCAGCACCUGAGCACUUGAGGCUGGAUGAGGGUGAAGGUUUCAUGCCAUCUGCGGGAAACAACUUCAAGUUCAAGUUUGAUAGCCCAACCGGACUUCGAGCUAGAGAGGUUGACGCACUCCUGAAGCCUCCUAAUCGUCCCAAGGCCUUUCCAGAUGAUCUUGCUGGUGAAAAGGCUUUCCUCUAUAAAAGCUACAAGGUUUUCGGCGCUAAGCCGAAGAGUAAUGCCACAGACGAGAUGGUGAAACAAAUGGAUUUCGAACAUGCGCUAACGCAGCAAGAAGUGGAGCGGGCUAUGGCGGAAGACGAUAGAUGGAAUGAGAUCUGGGGCGUUAAAUAA